AUGAGACCAAUGACGCGGGGUCUGCUAUUCGCAGCAUGUCUCGAUGUGGCCGCGGCUCUACAAACUGCAUGCCCAGUACGGGGACAGCAAUACCUCCCGCCGACAGGCCUUUCCAAUGAGCCCAAGUUCAAGUCAGUUGCUGAGGAACUGGCCGACACACUCGAGAGGAAGGUCGAGGCCAAGCUAUACGACGGUUUGACCUUCUCUGCUUCCAUCUUCAGCACAUGCUCAGAUGAUCUGCUCUGGCAAUACCACCACUCUAGCAAGGGCCUCAAGAAUAGCACCCAAGGAGCGAAGAAGGUUGACGCCGAUUCCAUCUACAGGAUUGGCAGCAUCUCGAAGCUGUUGACCAUCUAUCUUUGGCUUCUCGAAGAUGGAGACCGUCAUUUCAACGUUCCAAUCACCGAUUACCUGCCUACUCUCACAGAGUAUGCUGCUGAAUCGUCUGGCUUGACUUCUACAUGGACAGACAUCACUAUUGGAGACCUCGCUGGGCAGAUGGCUGGCUUGUCUCGUGAUUACGGACUCGCUGAUCUUGCGAUCCCGAACAACUCGCUGCUUCCAGUCGCACCAGCUAUCGCUAAGGCGUUUUCGGAUGUUCCUGGUGGCGAGAUACCUACUUGUGGUUUCGUGUACAAAAACGGUACCCUUGCCGUGUGUACUCCAGAUGAGUAUUUGAAAGGCGUCGCAAUGGAAGCUCCAAUCUUCUCGACGGCCUACACGCCGGUGUACAGUAACGAAGCAUAUGCUCUCAUCGGUCUCGCUCUGGAGAAGAUCACGGGGGUCCCAUUUGAAGCAUCCUUCAACAAGAGCCUAGUCGAUGCGCUCGGUCUUUCCAGCACUUAUUACACAACGCCAUCUGCUGUCUCAGACCAGGAUGUAAUACCAGGUCGGUCCGACCUGGUGGGUUGGGAUGGCGAGUUUGGAGCCUUCGCACCUGCUGGUGGGUUCUACUCCUCAAGCAAUGACUUUGCGACGAUGGGCAAGGCUAUCCUCAGCAACAAGCUGUUGACCAAAGCCGUGACCGAUCGAUGGUUCAAGCCAACCAGCUUUGUUGAAGACUACGCUCAAGGCGUUGGCCGACCGUGGGAGAUCUUCCGACGCAAGGUCAACGGAGCCUCAGUCGAGGUUUACGUAAAGGGUGGCGAUUGGGGUGUUUACCACACCUUCUUCGCUCUGGUGCCGACUUAUGACAUCGGCUUCACAGUGCUGACAGCGGACGACGUCGGUGCAGCUGUCGAUGGUCUGCAUGACCCUUCAACUGGCAUACCGAACAUCGUUAUCGACAAAGUACUGGCGGCCGUGGACGACAUCGCAAAGGAGCAAGCACUUCGCAACUUCGGCGGUCACUAUGCUGAUACAAGCUCCAACUCGUCCUUGACUCUCGACACGGAUGCUACUGACACCGGUCUACUGGUCACUUCGUGGAUCAGCAAUGGAGCUGAUCUGUAUGAGUGGCUGGGCAAACUGCAACCGAAGCUUGUUUACCGGAUCAUGCCAAAUCAGCUACCCGCUGGCAAUGACAAGGUCGCAUUCACUUCCUUUUACUGGUCUCGAGCACCGCCGGUCAAUGGCACAUGGUACUGGGAAUGUCCUACUUGGAUUGACGUCGAUGAGGUCACUUUGGGCAAUGUCCCGUUAGGGCAGAUGGUCUUCAACGUUGGAGACGACGGUAAAGCGACUUCGGUGGAGAUGCGGGCUCUGAGGGAAACGCUGAAGAGACAAUCGUGA